CUGUGUUGAUAGCUUGAGUUGGUAUCCAAGUUAUACAUUCUUUAAUUCUGAGUAGUCCUUUGAUAGGAGUGGUCGGCGUUUGUAAUUGAUAUAUGUCCUUUGGGGAAAAAGUAUAAAAUAUAUAUACAGAAACAAUGGCAUCUCCUGCACUAAAAGAUCUUCCUAAAGUAGCUGAAAAUCUAAAAAGUCAACUCGAGGGUUUUAACACGGAAAAAUUAAAAAAUGCAAGUACUCAGGAAAAAAUUAUAUUGCCUUCGGCUCAAGAUGUCGCCGCAGAAAAAACCCAACAAUCCUUGUGUGCUGGUAUUGCAUCCUUUAAUCAGUCUAAAUUGAAACACACUGAAACCAAUGAAAAAAAUCCGUUGCCAAAUAGUGAAGUUAUUGCACAAGAAAAGGAGAAGAUUAAUUUCAUAACUGGAAUUGAAAAUUUUGAUCCAUCUAAAUUGAAACAUACUGAAACGUGUGAGAAAAAUCAAUUACCAAGUAAGGAAGCAAUUGAAGAAGAAAAGAAAGCAUAAAGGCGUUUUUCUUUUCGAAGUGAAAUUGCGUGUGCUCAUUCCUAAUAUAUUAUAAAUCCAUAAAAGGAUGAAUAUUUGUAAAACGCAUAAAUUUUUUCAUUUUUAUACUUAAUAAAAU